AGUGGCUUCUGCGCCCCGCCCCGCGGGGGUUUGCUAGUUUCGGGCAGUUUGUGAGUAUGGGGUGAGUAGGGGGCGCCGAUUGGGCGUCCGCUUUCCAUUGCGGGGUUAAGUCUCAUUCUGGGGCUCUCCUCCUGUGGGUCCUGCCAUUCUUUUGUCCCGGGUAGAGGGAUCUGCAGAAAUAGCCCUGGAAGCUGGAGUGAGGCCUGAGGACUGCCUUGGCCCAGGAUGGCUAGAGAAUUUAGUGAAAGAGCAGCCCUGGACGCCCAGUCUACAGAAGACCAGACGGAGCUUCUGGUCAUAAAGGUGGAGGAAGAAGAGGCCGGUUUUCCCAGUAGUUUGGAUUUGGGUGCUGAACGCUCGCGCCAGCGCUUCCGAGGCUUCCGCUUCCCGGCGGCUGCAGGCCCCCGCGAGGCGCUGAGCCGGCUCCGAGAGCUCUGCCGACAGUGGCUGCAGCCUGAGAUGCACAGCAAGGAGCAGAUCCUGGAGCUGCUGGUGCUGGAGCAGUUCCUGACCAUCCUGCCGGGGAACGUGCAGAGCUGGGUGCGGGAGCAGCAUCCAGAGAGCGGGGAGGAGGUGGUGCUGCUGCUGGAGUAUUUGGAGAGGCGGCGGGAUGAGCCGGCACCGCAGGUUCCAGGUGUUGACCAGGGGCAAGAGCUUCCCUGUUGCAAGAUGGCACUGUUGCCACCAUCCCCAGAGUCACAAAGUAGCCAAGCUCAGCUAAUGAAGGCUCUGGGAUCCCAACCCUUGCAAGACAGAGUUCUCCAGGUCCCUGUGUUUGCCCAUGGAGGGUACUGCAGAGGAGAUGCAGUGGUAGCUUCUAGGGUUACUCCAGAGUCCCAGGGGUUGCUGAAAGUGGAAGAUGUGGCCCUGACCCUCACCCCUGAAUGGACACAGCAGGAUUCAUCUCAGGUGAAUCUCUGUAGAGAUGAAAAGCAGGAGAACCUUGGCAGCCUGGUCUCCCUGGGUGGUGAAAUACAGACUAAGAGCAGGGACUUGCCUCCAGCCGAGGAGCUUCCAAAAAAGGAGCAUGGGAAGAUAUCGUGCCACCUGAGUGAAGACAUUGCCCAGAUUCCUACAUGUGCAGAAGCUGGUGAACAGGAGGGCAGGUUACAAAGAAAGCAGAAAAAUGCCACAGGAGGGAGGCGGCACAUGUGCCAUGAAUGUGGAAAGAGUUUUGCUCAAAGUUCUGGCCUGAGUAAACACAGGAGAAUCCAUACUGGCGAGAAACCCUACGAAUGCGAGGAGUGUGGCAAAGCCUUCAUUGGGAGCUCUGCCCUCGUCAUUCAUCAGAGAGUCCACACUGGUGAGAAGCCAUAUGAGUGUGAAGAAUGUGGCAAGGCUUUCAGUCACAGCUCAGACCUUAUCAAACACCAGAGAACCCACACUGGGGAGAAGCCCUACGAGUGUGAUGACUGUGGGAAGACCUUUAGCCAGAGCUGCAGCCUCCUUGAACAUCACAGAAUCCACACUGGGGAGAAGCCAUAUCAGUGUAACAUGUGUGGCAAAGCCUUUAGGCGAAGUUCACAUCUCCUGAGACAUCAGAGGAUUCAUACUGGGGAUAGAAAUGUUCAGGAACCUGAGCAGGGAGAUGCCUGGAAAAGUAGGAUGGAAAGCCAGUUGGAAAAUGUUGAAACUCCCAUGUCUUACAAAUGUAAUGAGUGUGAAAGAAGUUUCACUCAGAAUUCAGGCCUCAUUGAACAUAAAAAAAUCCACACUGGUGAGAAACCCUAUCAGUGUAACGCAUGUGGAAAAGGCUUCACCCGACUCUCAUACCUUGUUCAACAUCAGAGAAGCCACGCAGGGAGAAACAUCCUAUCACAGUGACCACGCCGUCCAUGCGAGUCGGUGCUCAUUUGUGACCGAUCUGAAGCCACUCACCCUGGAGUCUUGAUUAUAGAAAUUGUGGACUGGGCUUCAUUUACUGCUACACAUUAUCAGGUGUUAGAAAAUAUAGACUAGGUUAGAUGAAUUAUCUUCUAAAUUCUAGAAGGUGUUUGGAAUCAAAACAUACUUGAUAGGAGACUAUGGGAAAGUUGUCUAGAAGAGGUAAGACCUGAAAUGGUUUGUUCUCUCCCAUUGUAAUUAAUGGGAUGUUUAGACUGGCUGCUUGCCCUAAUCCAGUACUUUGUGAUGUCUACUGGGUAGAUGGUUGUGAGUUGGGGGCUGCUUCUCUGACCAUUCUCUUUGACUCUAAUGAAUCCUCCAGUUUGUCAGAUUCACAGUCUUAUAUUCCCCUCUGUGCCUUUUCCACAGGUGCUAAUAAAUGUUUGUUGAAUGUA